GUCUGUGCUUUUCUUUCAUUAUUCGCAAUCAUUCAUACGCAUUUUCUCCUUAUUUCCAGUCGGUUUCAUUCAGUCAUUCAGAUACCUCGGUCGGAGUUCGAAGUGUUUGUUGGUUACUGGUUUCGUGUUGAUAAGAAUAUUGUUAAUUUGUUUGUUGUUAGUGUUGAAUUGUUAUAUCCCAACAUUGGUAUCCAACCAGACUACACUACUGCGCAUUAUCAAGUAUUUUUUACCGGCCAACUCAACAACUAACGGAAUUCGAUUUGUUCCUUCCAUCCCAUCCGGUAACACCUGGGGAAAGUUGGUUACGUGGUCACACAGACGGUUUCGCGUUAACUAUGGCUGGUCCCAAUCCAUUCCAAAGCUUGCAGAAGGAACUCAACGUAAAUGGCGAGACGUUCCAUUACUUUGAUAUAGCAUCUUUCGAGGAGUUCAAGGAACUCCCGUACAGUAUUCGCGUGCUGCUCGAAUCCGCGGUUCGCAAUUGCGACAAUUUUCAGGUCCAGGAGAAGGAUGUCCGUGGUAUUCUGAGCUGGAAGGCGACCAAGAGUGUAAAGACGGAUGCUGAGCUGGAAAUUCCUUUCAAGCCGGCUCGUGUCAUUCUGCAGGAUUUCACGGGUGUUCCCGCCGUGGUUGAUUUUGCUGCUAUGCGUGAUGCCGUUCUAAAGCUGGGCGGUGAUCCGGAUAAAAUUAAUCCCAUAUGCCCGUCGGAUCUGGUGAUUGAUCACUCCGUACAGGUUGAUUUCGCCCGGGCACCAGAUGCGCUGGCCAAAAAUCAAGAUUUGGAAUUCGAGCGGAAUAAGGAACGUUUCACGUUCCUCAAAUGGGGAGCCAAAGCAUUCAACAAUAUGCUGAUAAUUCCUCCCGGGUCUGGAAUCGUCCAUCAAGUAAAUUUGGAGUAUUUGGCGCGUGUGGUAUUCCAGGAUGAUACUAAAUCGAAGGACGGAGUUAAGAUGCUGUACCCGGAUAGUGUCGUCGGAACGGACUCGCAUACGACAAUGAUAAACGGAUUGGGUGUUGUCGGUUGGGGUGUUGGAGGUAUUGAAGCAGAGGCAGUCAUGUUGGGUCAGGCAAUUUCGAUGUUACUACCGGAAGUGAUCGGUUACAAAUUGGAUGGAAAGUUGAACCCACUGGUCACUUCAACAGAUCUGGUACUGACCAUUACGAAACAUCUACGACAGAUCGGUGUCGUUGGAAAGUUUGUUGAAUUCUUCGGACCUGGUGUCAGCGAAUUGUCCAUUGCUGAUCGUGCCACGAUCAGUAACAUGUGCCCAGAGUAUGGCGCAACCGUUGGAUAUUUCCCGAUAGAUCAAAAUGCUUUGGACUAUUUGAAGCAAACCAAUCGUGCGGAUGACAAAAUUCAGAUCAUUGAAGCCUACCUGAAGGCAACUAAUCAGUUGCGCAAUUUUAGUGAUGCUUCCCAAGAUCCCGUCUACACACAAGUUGUACAACUGGACCUGUCCACGGUGGUCACUUCAGUCUCGGGACCUAAACGUCCACAUGAUCGAGUUUCAGUUAGCGAAAUGCAGAAGGACUUCCAUGAGUGUCUAAUCAAUAAAGUUGGUUUUAAAGGGUUCGCAAUUCCGGCAGAUGAGCUCAAAACCGAGGGGCACUUCAGUUGGACCGAUGGAAAAACAUACUCCCUUCGCCAUGGUUCGGUUGUGAUCGCUGCAAUUACAUCUUGUACGAAUACUAGCAAUCCGUCGGUUAUGCUUGGAGCCGGUUUAUUAGCUAAGAAAGCGGUAGAGGCCGGUUUGAAGGUUGCUCCAUACAUCAAAACUUCACUUUCACCUGGAAGCGGAGUUGUCACGUACUAUCUGAAGGAGUCCGGAGUUGUACCAGCACUUGAGGAACUUGGUUUCCAUGUCGUCGGAUACGGUUGCAUGACUUGCAUUGGAAAUUCUGGUCCGCUAGACGACAAUAUCGCUAACACCAUCGAGAAGAACAACCUGGUCUGUUGUGGAGUUCUGUCCGGUAAUCGUAACUUCGAGGGUCGCAUUCAUCCAAACACACGUGCUAAUUAUUUGGCCAGUCCCUUGUUGGUCAUUGCUUAUGCCCUAGCCGGAACGGUGGACAUUGAUUUUGAGAAAGACCCAAUUGGAACAAAGGCCGAUGGCAGUAAAGUAUUUCUCCGGGAAAUUUGGCCAACGCGCCAGGAGAUUCAUGCAGUUGAGAAGCAGUUCGUUAUUCCAGCCAUGUUCCGUGAUGUUUACGCCAAAGUGGAACUGGGUGCACCUUCCUGGCAAGAUUUGAAUGCUCCAACUGGAAAACUUUAUCCAUGGGACGAAUCGUCCACCUACAUCAAACAUCCACCAUUUUUCGAGGGUAUGACGCGUGAACUACCCAAAAUCGGUAAUAUCGUCAACGCGCGUGCUCUGCUCAAUUUGGGAGAUUCCGUGACAACGGAUCACAUCUCCCCAGCUGGUUCCAUUGCUCGUAAUAGCCCUGCUGCUCGUUAUUUGUCAUCGCGAGGAUUAACCCCGCGUGAGUUCAACUCAUACGGAUCUCGACGUGGAAAUGAUGCUGUCAUGGCUCGCGGAACGUUUGCCAAUAUCCGGUUGGUUAAUAAGCUGGUUUCUAAUCCUGGCGCUCGCACGCUACAUAUUCCAAGUGGCGAAGAAAUGGACGUUUUCGAUUGUGCUGAACGGUACACACAAGAAGGUACACCAUUGAUUGCUAUCGUCGGGAAGGAUUAUGGCAGUGGCUCAAGUCGUGAUUGGGCCGCAAAGGGUCCGUACUUGCUGGGUAUCAAGGCUGUUAUUGCCGAAUCGUAUGAGCGCAUUCACCGUUCCAAUUUGGUUGGCAUGGGUAUCAUUCCACUGCAGUAUCUUGAGGGUGAGAAUGCCGAUACUAUCGGGCUUACCGGGCAAGAGUUGUUUAAUAUAGCCCUCCCGGAUAACGUGAAACCACAUGAUAAAAUCACCGUCGAAACGGACGGUGGAGUCAAGUUCCAGGUGAUCGUGCGGUUCGAUACCGAAGUGGAUCUGGAGUAUUUCCGCAACGGUGGCAUCUUGAACUACAUGAUCAGGAAGAUGAUAGCCUAGGCUGGUGCACGAGUGGUUGGGAAUAUACUUUUUAACGAACAAUUUGGGUCAUUGUAAUUUUGAGGAUAUUAUAUUGAAUAAUAAAGAUUUUUGAAUAAUUUAAGAACUGAAAAA